CUUUUCCUUCAACCUUCUGAUCCAAACAAAGUACAAUGGGCUUUCAAAACUGAGCAGAUCGGAAUGCUCACAAGUUCACCUUGUUAUUUCCAUAGUUUUGAGCUCACAGCUUUAAAAACGGCUAAAAUAUUAGCUUCGGAUUGAGUCGCUACGAUUUUCGCCAUCUUAACUUUGUUUACGAAACAGAGUGUGGGCAAAUUCAGCGUCUUCAACCGUCUUGAAACCCGAAAUUCUCUCCGUAAACACGCCAUGCUUUCUUCACGAACUAAAGCUCUGUAACCUCUCCUCAUAUCAUUAUUUAGGGGGGCUCCAAGGCAUUUUUAAGGGCCAUAAUUUUCUGGGAAUUGAGCAAUCUGUAAAUACCGCGUGUGUACAAGACAGCGUGUCUCCACGUGAAAUUGGCGUAUUUUGUUCUCGAAAACAUCAUGGAAGGUAAAGGAGAAAACAAGCUUUCACGUAUUGAAGAGUGGAGAGAAAAAAAGAGAGAAAAAAACAGACAGAAGAACCUAAAGUACAACGAAAAGAAUCGUGAGAAAAGAGCUGCUUAUGCCAGAGAAAGACGGCAUGCCGACAAGACAGAUCAUCAGCAAACGCGCCAACGAACAGCACAAGCAGCAAAAAAAUCAAAGAAACUUCAAGAAAAAAAAGAAAAGAAAGCUGUCUUGGAAACAAAUAUGGAAAAAGUGCGACGACAAACACGAGAGAGGGUUAAGAAGUUGAGGGAAAAAAAGAAGCAAAUCGCUAACGCAGGAGAGGUAAGAGAUGCCGGCAGCCAAGCUAACGAUAAUGUUGCAGGCUUCAGAAACAGAAUGGCGGCAAGUAGAGCAGUAAAGAAAGUUAAAAAAGCAUUGCCUGAAACUCCAGAAAAGCGUGCUGAGAUAAUGAAGAAGAUAGGUGCAAGUCCGAGAACGAGGAAACAUCUUGUCAAAGCAGGAAUCAUGACGACUCCGGAAGAGGAAAAAGAGAGCAAGGUUUUAAAAGCAAUGGCAGCUGACAUCAAAGAGGGCUUAGAGGAAGUUAAAAGGAGUGGCUCGAAUGAGAAACGAACUGCUUUGAGAGCCUUCAAGUCCCUGGCUUUUGGACAAAACGUAAAAAAAUCUCGGGCCCAACGUUCUUUAGCAAAAGUCGUCUCUCUGAACAGGAAGAGCAUUGGACGUGGAAUUAAAAGAAGAAUGGAAAUUUUGAAGGGGGAGGAACCAAGUUGGCUCGUUUCUAAAAGGAAAGUGAGAUUUGAUGCUGUUCCUGAGGAGGUCAAGAGGAAUGUUUACGAUUUUUGGACGACCCAAGCUAGCCGUCCAACAGGAGACAAAAAGGAUUUUGUUCGCUAUCGUACGGGAAAGAGCCAGUAUACAGAACAUGCCAAGCACAUCCUGGAAAAGUCUCAGACAGAAGCAUUCCUAGAAUUCCAGGCCCUCUAUCCUGGCGUAAAGAUAAAGCAAAGGAAAUUUGAAUCGCUCAAGCCUUUCUUCGUGAAAGCCGCAAAAGAACGCGAUAGAAAGUCCUGCCUUUGUCGGAAGCACGUAGAGAUCAAGAUCGUCCUUGGAGAUUGUAUGAAAUUUCGCAAAGCAGCCUUAAAGGAGAGAGAUCAUGAGAGUGUUAAUGUUCUUGCCACUAUUACAGAAGCUGCAGAACUGACUCUUUGCCCCAAAGCAGAAGAAGAUCCUUACCAUAAACUGGCCUGUUUGGAAAGAGAGUGUGAGCAUUGUGGUGUCCACCUGAUGAAACUCCUUCCAGAGGAAGAAUCAAUUGAAGGUACAGUUAUUUGGAGACGCUACGAUUAUGUCUCAACAGGGAAAUUUUUGGCAAAUGGUCAGGAAAAGAAGAAGCUGGCCCUUGUAACAAAAGAAACACCACCAUCAGAAAUGUUUGGCUACUUCAAGAACCUCAUGAAAGAUUAUCCAAUGCAUUCCUUUAUGGCCAAGUGGCAACGCGAUCAGCUUGACACUUUGCUUGAGCAUUUACCUAUUGAUCAUGCAGUCGCCAUUCAUGACUAUUCAGAAGGAUACACCUGUAGGUCGCAAGAUGAGACGCAGUCUGAAUACUUUGACGUAGCGAAAGUGUCGUUGCAUGUAACUAUACUCUACCGCCAUGCUACAGAAGUUAACGAUGGUAUUGAAAGUACAGAGGAGAACCCAGAGAUUGUAAAGGAGCACGUGUUUGUGAUUUCCGAUGAUGUCAUUCAAGACAACAGUUCUGUUCACAAAGUACAGGAACUUCUGAACAAUUACAUCACAAACGACCUUGGCCAACAAGUUAAAAUUAUGCACGAAUUUACCGAUGGGUGUGCAGCCCAGUACAAGUCUCGCCACUGCCUGGGAGAUUUGUCCUGUUGCGUUGCAGACUUUGGCUUCAAAGUGCAGCGCAAUUUCUUCGAAACCUCACAUGCCAAAGGCGAACAGGACGCUGCUGGUUCUCAUGUAAAACAGAAAGUUAGCCAGGCAGUACUGCGUCGAACAGCCGCCAUCAAAAGCGCCAAGGAUAUGCACACUUACCUGACAGAAAGUUUUACUUUGCCUACUGCGUCAAGCUUCUUGUCAAGAACAAAAUCUGUCAACUUAAAACAGCGCCUCUUCUUCUAUGUGCCAGCAUCUGGCGAGGGAUCAGUCAACAGAAACAGACCAGAGCGCAAAUUUAGAGAGAUCAAGGGAAUCAGAAAGAUCCAUGCAGUUAAGUGCACCACAGAACAAGGAAAGGUGUACACACGUGAACGGUCCUGCUAUUGUCUUGACUGCCUGCUAGAAACUGGUGACUCUUGUGCUAACUCUGAGUGGGUUGAUGACUGGAAAGAGCUGAAGAUUGAAAGAGAAGCAUCACCAGCAAUUACUAGGAAUGCACAGGAAGACACUGUGGCAGUGACAACAGAAACAGCUGUCAGAAUAGCUGACUUAGCCGUAGCAGGCAGUGUGGUUGCAGUUGCAGCAGAUGCCGACUCCAGCUAUGACUAUUAUCUUUUCAAAGUCAACAGUGACGGAGUUGAGGAGCUAGCAGCAGAUGUGACAGAUGCUUAUGGCAGCAUUUACAACACAGGGCAGGAAGUUCUUAAAGGAAACUUUUUCCUAAGAGACAACCUAAUCGACAUGACAUAUAAACUUGACGAAAGUAAAGUUGCCAUUGUUCAUGCAGCGACUGUGAGGCACAUUUGUUCUGACCUUCGCACUGUAAAGAGAGGAAGAAAGUCAGUGUAUAGAGUACCUGUGAUUCUCAAUGAGGAGAUACUGGCCUCCAUGUAAUAUGAAAUGUCUAUUAAAAGGUUAAACAUUGUUUUAUUUA